AUGCCGGAGGCCGGGCCCAACGGCAAGGGACGACCCCUCAACCGGCCGGCCCUCGGCAAGCGCGUUUUCGGCGAUACCGAGGAUCUCAAGCGCGACCGCGCCGUCCUCAACGGCAUCGUCCACCCGGCCGUCCGCGCCGAGAUGUACAAGGCCAUCUUCCGCGCCUACAUCAGUGGACACUGGGCUGUCCUGCUCGACGUCCCCCUACUGUUUGAGAGUGGGCUCGACCGCCUCUGCGGUACCGUGUUCGUCGUCGCGGUCAAGGACCCGGAGGUGCAGAUGCAGCGCCUCAUGGCACGCGACCCUCACCUCAGCCGCGAGGACGCCGAGAACCGCGUGCGAAGCCAGACGGACGUGAGGCUCAAGGCGAGGAGAUGCGAGGCCCGGGGCCCCGGCAGGGGUGUCGUGCUCUGGAACGACGGCUCCAAGGAGGACCUGAAGAGGGACAUUGGCGAGGCCAUCCGCCACGUUCAAGCGUCGAGUCCCGUUUGGUGGAGUUGGCUGCUCCUCGCGUGUCCGCCGGCGGCGGCGGCCCUUGGAGCAUGGCGGUUCUGGGAGAACAUUCGCAUCAACAAGGCUUGGGCGGAGCAGGAGAGGAUCGAGAAAGCGAAGCUGUAG